GCCCGUGUGACAGCUGGGCAGCUUGCAAGAGCUCUGAUAAAGACCGUUCUGAUUUCAACUCGUAUUUGUGCUUUGAAUCACGUGCACCAGCUGUCACUGACAGUGCAUGCGUCCUUUGGAAUACCGCGUCCUGUUGGAAGUCGCGCAUGUUGGGAUUUACGUCCUCCUAAACUUCGUGCCACGCGCCUUGAUCAGUUACGGGGAUUAAAAGCUUUAUAUAUUCCCACGCACGUCACUUGUAUGUAAUACUGUUUCACCAAAACAUAGUAUGUUCGUUUCCACGUAUAGCGCGCGCACUCCAGAUGCAUGUACUGCUUGACCGGGACAGGAAAGAAGCCGCGGGUGGCACCGGCACCAUGUUCAGCUGUGUGGGCUGCUUCUGGCUGCUGCUGACCGCCGCGCUCGUUGCGCUGUGCAGCUUCAGCUUCAUCUCUCCCGCGUGGAUCGUGAAGGAGCAGCAUCACGGGAGGAGCGGCCACUCGGUCAGUUUCGGCCUGCUCUGGCACUGCUCCGAGUCUCUGGACCACAUGUACACAUGCUACGCGUUUGGCGGCAUUGGCAGGUUUGCCGAGAUUCCCUCCAGCUCCUGGCAGACCAGUGCUGUGUUGUGCUCCGGAGGUUGCGCGCUGUUGGCCGUCAGCUCCCUGCUGGCCAUCAUCACCGUCUUCUUGCCUGGCGGAAACUGCGAGAGGAAGAUAUGCACACUGGCUGGGUAUAUGCAGAUGGCCGCAGUGUUCAUCAUGGCAUCCGGUUUGCUGGUUUAUCCCUUUGGCCUAAACUCCAGUUUGGUCAAGUCCUUCUGUGGAAACUCAGAUAUCUACAAUUCUGGUGACUGCCAGAUGGGCUGGGGUUACAUGCUGGCCAUCGUGGGAGUCAUGCUCACCCUCUUUUUACCCUUUUUUGCCAAGUACGCCCCAAAAGAGCAGCUCCUGCCCACUCCACUACCCACACUUUUAUAAACCCCCUGCUAUACUCAUGGUAUCUUUUCUGAGCUGUUAAGAUCUGUAUCGCCACAUUCUUUUACAUGGUCAGCAAUGAUAAUGUUGCCUCUUUGGAAUAAAUGUGCCUGGAGGAGCCAUUGUGUUCAUUGUGUGAUGUGCUACAUUGUCUUCCUUCAUCUGAUAACCUACUUCCUUUCAUCUGCAUCCCUUGUGGUGAAAACUGUUUUCUGAAACUUUUUUUGGAAAUGCAAAAUUCCUGGCAAGUUGCUUUUUUCCUUGUAUCACUACAAACUUAAGCUUUUAAUGAAAUUAAAUGCAAUUUAAUGCAUCAACACUGAAAUCUUUGGAAAGGCAUGACCAAAACAGCAGUCGAGACUAUGCGAACGGUAAAUCUAACAUUCUAGUUCUACCUAAUACACAUCUGGAUGCAAAGAAUGCGAGAGGACACGGAGUACUUUUCUCCCACACAUCAGGGAUUAUUCAGAACAUCAAGAGGAAAGCAAGGAACUUAAAAAUCUUUCAUGCAACAUCAAAUAAUAUUCAACUAGCCAAGACAAAUUACAAAUCAGAGUAGGAAAAUUCUGUUCUUGGAUCCAAUUGCUAUAAAUGUUUUCUUCUUCACAAUGGAUCAGACUUUUGAGGAAAUAAAAUGGAUUUAUGAUCCUGAUGAAAAUAUGAAAGGGUUUGGAAAAUCUGCCAUAUAUUUAUCCAGUAACAACCAACACUGUGGCUAACAGGAUAGAAGAACAGAACAACCUUUCCUUAAAAAAAAAAAAUUACACAAACUGGUGGUUUUUUUUUAUAUAUUUGCUUUAGAACCUCAAUUUUGACAAGUCAGUGAAAGUCUAAACAACAUUGAGAAAAUAGUAAACGAGGCUCGUCACCAUUUAAUUAAAAUAGCCAACAAACGCACUGUCACCACUGAAAACCUGUGUGUCUCUGUUUGCCCUCUCCUCCUAUCAGUUUUAAUAGGAGUAUUAAAAGGCCAAGUUAUCCUGUCUGUUUUGUGCUUGGACCUUUCACAAAAUUGAAUAGGAUUGUACAAGAUCAGGGGAAAGGCAAAGAAAAAAAUGUAAUUACAAAGAUAUACUCAUGGAAAUAAAAUAAACGAAACAAAAUAAAUGCAACACUGUAUUGGUUCUACAGAAAGAAUGGUCUUACUGUAAGUCUUAAGGAGGUCCCUUGCAUAAAGCAGUUAAAGUCAUGAAAAUAAAGAUUAAGGACAAGAGGGUGAUUAGUGUAAACAAGACUAGGGUAAACAAGACUACUGUGUCUUGGCUGUUAAUACAAAUUUAGCACGCUGGCAGGAAGGCAUGCAUCUGAUUGAUAAAUCGGGACUCCAUCUUCUGACCCUUUGACAACAGGAAGCACCUAUGGGAUGCUGUGAAUCACAACGCUAAUCAGAUACUGAUGCAGGAAAAUCUCACUAUUACUUUGGCUCUCUAAACUGAAGGUAUAAACCAACCGAGACUCUGAAGUUAUUAAAACGCUGCAGUCGGCUGUCUCAGUGGUCAAACUUACCAUCUUCCUGUUAUUGUAAUGUCUUUAUUACUGUUAUUUAGGUAGUGAAGCUUGAGAUCUCAGUCCCAUCAGUGUUGCAUUUCUUUUUUCGACACAAAGAUACUCCUCUAAAUAAAAACAAAAAGACAACAAAACAAAACUUUUUCUGCCCUAACCAACGUGUGCCUUUUUUUUUUAAAACAUGACUAAGAAGACUUCAAUACCUUUGAUCAGGUUACUUCUGCUGAAACUGUAGUUUUGUAAAUGCUUCCUAGUUGUUGUUUUUUUUUCCUACCCGUGUUGUGCAUUUGUUUCAGUUGUAAGUUGUCUAGACAGUAACUCUAACAUAUUCACACGAAGCUGUACAAAUAGAUUUCCAAGGGGAUAAAAAAGGACAAAAUGAGCAUAUAAAUGGAAAAACGAAUGGGAACGAAUGAGGGAUUAAAAGAUAACAGCACUACUGUCAUUUUAUGUCAAGAGUUAUUAGUCAGUGAACUAUUACUCUCAUUGAAUUAUUUAAUUGACAAAAACAAGACCACAAUAAGCAAUACAGCACAAAAUUGCUGAGAUGCUCAACAACCUGAACUUUGCAUUUCUUCUUGGUACCUUUUUGUGUAAUGUGUUUUCAGAAUUGCUAAAUGAAUAUAUUCAGGUUUCAGCUAAGACUUUCUACUUUCCUUUUAUUAACGUGGAUAAGCAUGCAAUCGCAUUCUGGCUCCAAAAAAGCUGAACAAAUUCCCAAACUGUGAGCAAGUGUAUACUUUAAAAGUUGGGUAUUCUUUAAAUAGCAGAACAUGUAAUAAGCAUCAAUAAGGAUAAAGAGAUGUAUAUGCUCUUGCAUACGUUCCCAAAAACGCACUCAGAUGACGCUGUUAAUGUAAUAAUCUUCAGUAAAGUGAUACCUUUCAUCUGUAAUUAUGUGUGUGAGGUCUGAACUCUGAUUCUGUAAAUCAGUUGUAUUUUAGUUUUCCAUUGUGUGGUUUUGGCUGUAAAUAAUUAUGUACGAUGGUUGUUCAAUGCUAAAAAAAAAUAAAAAAUAAUAAUAAAAAAAAAGGUUGAAAAAAUUAAAAAAAGAUCAAAGGUUGAUCCCCUUUUGGAAGAUCUAUUUUGAGAUAUUACCUCAUAAUUGUGUUUGUUUAUCUCCAGACCCUUAACAAGACUUGCUGUUGUGUGUAUUUCUCUUUGUAAUAAAAUGUUUCAUUAAUAAAGAAAAUGCCUUUUUUGUGUUCUGAA